AUGCAGACGACACGGUCACGAGCUGCGCGCCAAUUGCUGCAGAAGAGUAGGAGGGGUGUGGGUGCAAGGGAGUCGUACCGCUGUUUCUCCUGCACAGCACCCACGCAGCAGGCGACGCCGCCGCCGAAAUCUCCGCAAGAUGGACCUGGAGGGACGACGCACUUUGGCUUCGAGACGGUUGCCGAGGCGCUGAAAGAGCAGCGAGUGAAAAACGUCUUCUCCUCCGUCGCCUCCUCCUACGACUCCAUGAACGACUUCAUGUCCCUCGGCAUCCACCGCCUCUGGAAAGACCACUUCGUGCGGUCUCUAAACCCCGGCCGACACCCCCUCAGCACACCCCCCUCUACCUCCACCUCAUCCCCCAACCACCAACCAGGCUGGAACAUCCUCGACAUCGCCGGCGGCACCGGCGACAUCGCCUUCCGCAUGCUCGACCACGCCUCCACCACCAACCACGACGCCCACACCCGCGUCACAGUCGCAGACAUAAACCCCUCCAUGCUCCUCGAAGGCCGCAAGCGCUCCCUCACCACCCCCUACGCCCACUCCCCGCGCCUCGACUUCAUCGAAGCCAACGCCGAAGACCUCCACAUGAUACCCUCCGCCUCCAUCGACCUCUACACCGUCGCCUUCGGCAUCCGAAACUUCACACACAAGGACGUCGCACUUCGAGAAGCGUUCCGCGUCCUGAAACCCGGCGGCGUAUUCGCAUGCCUCGAGUUCAGCAAGGUGAAUAACCCGCUGUUUGACGCGGUGUAUCAGCGGUGGAGUUUCGGCGCUAUUCCGCUUAUUGGCCAGAUGGUUGCGGGCGAUCGCGAUAGCUAUCAGUAUCUUGUUGAGAGUAUUGCGAGGUUUCCGAGUCAGGCCGAGUUUAGGGGGAUGAUUGAGGAUGCGGGGUUUCUUGUGCCGGGGAAGGGGUGGGAGGAUUUGACGGGCGGGAUUGCGGCGGUGCAUAGGGGUGUUAAGCCGUUGUAG